UCUUCAAAUUUCCCGAUUCAUUCUGUUUCCCUUUUCCUCGGUUUCUUAUCGACGCUUCUUCCUCGUUUCUUUCCUCCGCGAUUAAAUAGAUUCGUCUUCAUCUGCAAGUUGCGGAAAAUCGCAGUGAAAAUCAAAAUCGAUAUCAAUCAGAUAUGGAUUCGUAGUGUUAUCUCUGCGUCUUUGUUGGUAUGUAGUUUGUAGCAGUUUACAGGGAGAGAAACGAAGAACGAUUCCGCGUUGUUUAUCGGAUUAAUUUCAUUUCCCUCUCAAUUCUUGAGUUCUUUGUUCACUCUGUUUUUCUCGAACCUGUUACUAUAAUUUCAAUUCAUCUUCCUUUUCUUGUUCUUGUUCUUUUUUCAAUGGAAUUGGCGGAGAAUCCAAAGUCGGUGAUAACUUGUGACGAAGAGAAUGGUUCAGAAGAAGCAGUGGUUUCCGAUCAAACAAACAGAUUUCAGUACAAAACAAAACUCGAUAGCUUCAUCAUCGAUAUGGACAGUUUUUCCAACAGUAGCAGCAACGAAAUUUCUCGGAAUUUUAGAAUUAUAAGGAAUUUUAGCAGAAAAGGAAUGUUACGUGGCGGAAACAAGAUGGGCCAAGGUCAUGGUGAUGGCGAUGACACAGGAGGGGACUCCAUCUCCCCAUUAGUAAAAGCAGGGGGUGUGGUAGGAGGAGGGUCGAGCACGGUGGAAAAGCAAGCAGUGGGGAUGGGCGAAGAAGUGGGUGGUGUCGGUGGCAACGUCGGCAGUGGAAGGGCGAGCUUCAGAAGAAACAGCUUGAAGCGGUGUCCACAAUCUUGGCGCUGGUACUUGGACCCCAGGAUGGUUUUUUUGUUGUGCGCCACACUGUCGUGCGUGGGAACUGUGUUGCUGAUAUACUUGACGUUUUCACGUGGGCUGAUGAAGGAAGGAGAGAGCGAGUUGGAGUGAUGGAGGUCAACUGCUCAAACUGUUGUGUAACUUAUUUUAUCUUACUUACUUUUUUUUCGUGGUAAAUGUAUAGUAUAUAUAUAUAUAGUAUAUCACAACAUAUGAUUUGACAUUAUCAUAGUUUUG